AUGUCUCAGAGACAUGCCAAUGGACAUGCUUUUCUCCAAAGUUGGAGCUACAACGUCAACGACAGCGAAGAUUCAGCCAUUUGGAUCUGCAAGCAACGAACCAACUCAGCAAGUCAGGCUGCGGGCUUUGUAGGCAGUACUGUAGGGAGCAUUGCGUGCGGAAGAAAGAAGCAAGGCUGGCGAAGCAACAGGAGCCGGAAGCAGUCAUUGAGCAUGGGUCUUGGUCCUCAGUCUGGGAUUGGUGUUGUACAGUCGUACCUGAUUAGAGUAUUGGCUUCCAUUCGUGUAUUGACCUUUUUCUCUUUUUCUCUAACAAUGGGAAAGACCAGAAAGACCAAUGAACGUUGGAGAAACAGGCUACGAUACUGGACCUCUGUGGAAACGUCAUUCGUGGCAAAUUACUUAGGAGACGAUACACCGAGGCUUAGGAGAAGGUCGAAAUGA